ACACAGCUUCAUAUUUUCAUGUGUUUAUUUUUAAUCUGUUUGUCUCACCGUAUGUAUAAAUGGAUGUGUUAUGUACAGUAUAAUAUAAAAUCUAAAAUAAGUGUUAAUUACACUCAGGGGAAAGAUGUGAAUCCACCUGUAUAAAAUCUUUUGAGAUGCUUUGGGGCUAUGUUUGCUUUAAAGCUCUGUGGAUUGCUGCCACCACAUGUUUUUUUUAAAUGUCUCUCGUCUAAAAAGCAAACAUACAUAGUAUAAACUAGAAAAUGCCAUAUUAAGGUCAAGAUGGUCAGAUAAGCAGAUCUAAAACAGAAUAAAACAUGGACAUAUUUAAAUAAACAAAUAUAAAAAUGACAAACAUUGUUGUGGUAGGCCUAGUCUGCAUAAUGUCGUUAACAGUAUAUAAAACCAUUUAUAGCAUAAUUAAGGUUCUUACAUUAGCCAUCUCUACCACUUAAACUUAAUAUUCUUGUUCAUUUAUCAGAGAAAAUAACAAAGCCUCUGUCUCUGGACAUUUCUCAAUACAGGAGAUAACAUUUCUAAAUCAUUCUUGUGAAAUCAUUCCUGCUUCACAUUUUAGUACUCACAGGAAGACAACUUAUAAAUGUAAAUGCUUUUCAAUAUACAUAUAAAACAUUUUUUUAAAAUCAAAUCUGACUAUUCAAAUAACUUUUGUGUAGCGACUUUUAUUAUGUAGUUUAUUAACGUGAUGCAGGCAGCCAUUCAGAAGAUACUUCUCUCUCUGCCGUCACUGAACAAAUUUACAAAUUAGCGGACUUCCUGGGGUGUCAAACGUUAUUUGCAAAACAAAGGUGUUGCAUCUUACAGCAUCCCAAGAAGAUUUGGUUUUUAAUGAAGCGAAUUUAACGGUACAUGUGAGUCAGAUAUGGAGAAAAAGGAGACAUCAGAGCUCCAGUCUAGGCUGUCGUCACUGUCUGUAUCUUCUUUUCCUGGUAUAACUUCAAAAAACUGUGAAGUAAAUACUUUAAACAGUCUUCAAAGCACAGACCUUUCACAGACAGUAAUCCAACCGGAUAACCAACCCAAAAUGGAUGAUAAUAGCAAUAACAGAGAAUCCUCACAAUCUACAGAGGAGCCCAUAUCAUCUCUGGGGAAGGCAGGUGGAGGUUGUUCACUUGAGAGCGCUGCCAGUGGAGGGACCUCGCACUCUGAGGAGAAAAAAGCUCUUCCACCUCUGAAACCAGCAUCCACAUGGACAUCUCUGUCCCUGAAGGAGCUUAAAGCUAAGAUGCGUCAAGAGAAAGACAGCGUGGUGAAUGUCUAUCGUGGUGACAUUAUGACCGUCCACGUGCCUACCGAUCCUGAGGCCAAGCGUGUGUGCUGGGAGUUUGCCACAGAUGGCUAUGACAUCGGUUUUGGGGUCUACUUUGACUGGUCACCAGUCACCAGCCGAGCUAUUACUGUCCACAUAAGUGAAUCCAGCGACGAUGAGGAUGAAGAUGAUGAACUGGGAGAAGGCCCUGUUGUUCCUGGAGAUGUAGAGAAGGGCUCUAAGGCAGUUGCCGAUUCGAACUUGGGAGAGAUCCUGCCUGUUUACCGCCAGGACAGUCAUCUGGCAGUGCAGGGUGGCAGCCAUGAAUUUCCAGGAGAUGGUACAUACUUGCUGAAGUUCGACAACUCCUACUCGCUCUGGAGGAACAAGACUCUGUAUUACAGAGUAUACUACAGUGCCUGAGUUAUCAAGGGCGUUUUGAAAUGAAAGGUUUAAGUGAUGCAUAUUUUUAUCUUACGUAUUGAAUUCCUUUAUAUGUUUGAUUCCUGUUUUUGUUGAUUUGUGGUUUCAGUAAAUCAAAGCCCUGUCAUAGAUCAAAACGUUUGCUUUGUUCAAGAUGCUUAUUGAAGUGAAUGGGAUCAUGAGUCUCAUGAUAUGUGCAAUGUGUUUUGUGUGCGCUGAAGGUCGUCCAAAUAUUUCAAGGGUCCAUAUAUAUAUUUUAUUAUUGUAUCGUAUGACACCACGUCUGUGGCAUAUCAGGGACUAAAGCGGUAAUCAGGGAAAGUUAUGGGGUGGUGAUCCAGGUCAAAUAGUUUUAAAUCGGUUCACACAAAUUAAAGAGAAAGAAGGAAAUAAGUGAAGAAUGAGUAGCAGGUGAGGUAACCACUGUUAAAUCGGGUUAUUAAAAGUAUACAUUUCUUGAAUGCGAGUCAUAUGAAAAUUAAGUUGAAUGUUUUGUUGAUUUACUGAUGUGCAUUGCCAAAAGAUUUACACACUGUCCCUUACGCACUGUUUAUACUGUGAUUUAUCUAAUCAAAAUCACAGAGUAGCCACAAAGCCUCCACUAGUAGAGAUAUAUUAUUAACCUCAUAAUGUUUUUACUGCAGUUGGAGACCAUAUCGAAUUAGUCACCUGUGAGUGAUCAUGGUCACCGCCUGCUUGUUUAUAAUUUAAACGGAAACCAUUUCCUGCCACAGCUAAUUUACAUGACUGAUUCAAUAUUUGCAUGUCCCAUGCUCCCUUUAAGUAUAAAACGGGCUGUUUAAUAUCAAGUUGACUUUCAUGGAUCAAGAUUCAGAUGUUCAUUAGAAUGAAUUCCUGUUUUUAUCAUGUGAAAUUUGUCACACAAAGUACUGACAGCAAAGGUUUUAGUAUAGUAUUCUAUUUUAUUUCAGUUCUCCGCAUUCUAUUACGAAUACCAAAUCACACUGCGUAAAAUGCGACCUGUACUCUUGGCUCCUGUCUAAUACGUUUCAUACCUUAAAUUAUUUGCAAGUCCUAAGAGACUGUUGGGUUGUGCUGCUGCAUUACCAGUUUGCUAUUCUGCCUGUCCUUCUGUGUAUCUUUUUGUAGAAUAUAAAUACGAUGUGUUUUAUAAUCUUUUUCUUGUUUUCUUUUAAUGUCUCCAUUUGUUUGGGUGUUUGUUGUUCAAUAAUAAACACUGCUGAUGAAUUCA